CUGGGGGUUAGCAGCAGCUAGUAGCGGACGGGUACAGCGACCAGUACGUCACCGCGUGGCACCACCCCCUUGAUUCAAUCGUAGGUGCGCCCGUUGCCCUGACAAAGAGGAGGGUGCCUGGCUGGACUGUACCAUUCUCACAAUAGAAUAGGAGGGAGUUCGAGUGCUGCGGAAGGUUUGCAUCAGGACUGCGGGAACGGCCUGAGCCGCUGAAAUUCCCGCACCGGUCACCGCGGCGGCCGCUGUCUCCCCGUCACUGUCCGGUCGCUUCCCGCGGUGAGUGGCGCUGGCUCACCAGUGAGCUGCCCCUGCCCCUCCCCGGUCGCCUCCCGCUGCUGCAAUAUGUUCAAGAGGAUGGCUGAAUUCGGCCCGGACUCCGGAGGGAGAGUUAAGGGAAUUACAAUUGUGAAACCUAUAGUUUAUGGAAAUGUGGCACGAUAUUUUGGUAAGAAAAGAGAAGAAGAUGGACAUACUCACCAGUGGACAGUUUAUGUGAAACCCUAUCGUAAUGAGGACAUGUCUGCCUAUGUCAAGAAAAUUCAGUUUAAAUUGCACGAGAGCUAUGGAAAUCCUCUAAGAGUGGUUACCAAGCCCCCUUACGAAAUUACAGAGACUGGCUGGGGAGAAUUUGAGAUAAUCAUAAAAAUAUUUUUUAUCGAUCCAAAUGAAAGACCAGUUACAUUAUACCAUUUGCUGAAGCUGUUUCAGUCUGACACAAAUGUGAUGUUGGGGAAAAAGACCGUAGUUUCAGAGUUCUAUGAUGAAAUGAUCUUCCAGGACCCUACAGCCAUGAUGCAGCAGCUUCUGACUACAUCCCGCCAAUUAACCCUUGGAGCAUAUAAACAUGAAACAGAAUUUCCAGAUUUGGAGGCAAAAACCAGAGAAAAGGUUGAGGCUGCCAAGAAGAAGACCAGUUUUGAAAUCUCUGAGCUAAAGGAGAGAUUAAAAGCCAGCCGGGAAACUAUAAACUGUUUGAAAAAUGAGAUAAAGAAACUUGAAGAAGAUGAUCAGUCUAAAGAUAUAUAAAUGGCUGCUCUUGCUGAGAGUGCUAUGGAUGACUGCCAACUGCCCAGAUUUUUUGUUUCUUUUUUUGUUUACUGUAAAUAUUUUUUUUAAACUAUUUGCCAAUAAGUAUUUACUUGUUUGGAUUCUACGGACUUACAUUUUUUUUACAUGUAGUUGAAACUUUUUUGCUAUAUUUGUCCAAACAACUGUUCACAAAGGAGAGACACCAUGUAGACUUACAUUAAAAGCAACACAAAUGGUCUUAUGAGAGAAACCUUCUAACGUAUGUUAUGCUUAUUUUUUAUUUUAUUGCUAAUAUUCACCAGGGUUCCUGUA